UUACUACAAAUCUCCAUUUUCACUUUCUUUUUGUUGUUUUUGGUGAAUCACAUUCUUUGUGCAUAUUGCUACCUACUGUGAAGGGAGGAGAAUUUAUAGUAAAAAAAAGGACCUAAAAAUUUAUCUGUUUUUCACCCACAUCUAUCAUAUCACUUUAGAAGACAUUAAUUUAACCACUGGAGUCAAAUGGAUUACUUUUACUACGACUGUCUGUGCUUUUGGAGCUUCAAAGUUCUGGUCACCAUUCACUUGCAUUGUAUGGACCUACAGAGCUGAAAUAUUCUUCUAAAAAUCUUCAUACGUGUUCUGCAGCAGAAAGAAAUUCACACACAUCUGGGAUGGCAUGAGGGUGAGGAAAUGAUGAGAGAAUUUAAAUUUUGGGGUGAACUAUCCCUUUAAGAACGGGACUGUUAUUUUUUUCUCAAUAUCACACUUAAUUUGCAAUUGAGCAAAUGUAAUCUAUAGAGAGAUGGACUGAUAAAAUAUUCAGGUAAUUUUAAAAUAGGGAUUUCCAAACCUUGAAAAGUCAUGGUAGUUAGCUAAAUCUUAAGGCAUGGAAAUACCUUGGAAAUUUCUACAGCGAAUAUAUAUUUUUCUAGUUAUUCUCAGCCAAUGAAAUUGCUCUUCAUAAGUUCAAUUUUUAUAAAAUACUAAUGACUAACGACUUGGAAAAUUAUGGAAAUAUCAUGGAAAUUAAUUGGUCUAAAAGUGUGAUUCCUGGAGAAAAAAAAUACAUGGACGUUUGGAAAGCUUUAAAAGUUGUAAGUUUAGGGUUCAGUUUGUUUUUUCUUGAGGUGAGUAUUUUCUCGUUUUAUGGAUGUAAAACUUGGCUAAAGGAAUCGACUGAUUUAUAAUAUAAUUUUCUUUUUCUAGUGUGUAUCGACUUUAAAAUACAACAAGAUAUCAUAUACCGGUACUUCUAAAUGUAUAUUAUAUAUAAUUUUGCUGUCAUAUCGAAUUUAGCUGUUACAUACCUUCAACUGAAGUAUAACAUGAUUUUGCAUUUACUUAAAUAAUAUGGUUAUGCUCACGGAGGAAUUUAACGUGACAGUCUGUUCCGCAAACGGUGUUGAGUUUUGGAACUUGUAGUCCAUUUUUCCGCUCGAGCCGCGUUCUAAAAUGCAAAGGGACGUUUAAAAAACUACAACUCCUAUAGUUCCACCGCCUGAGCGCAGCAUCUCUUUCAAGGUGUACAGAUUCUGUUUUGAUUCUUGCAGUGAACGGAGAGAGUUAGCUUUGACAGUCGUAUGACUUGGUAUUAUUUUUUAUCCUCCCCGCACAAGUCUCUGACACACCGCCGGACAUAAUAAAAGCCCAAACAGCUCAUCAAAAGGCCUGUUAUCUGCUGUGAUGGGGAAGGGGGAGUGCCUGGAUUUGCACAUUUAGCUUGUGAGCUAACGUCAGCAGCAUCAGGUUGACCCAUGUCCUCUGAGGAGGCUCUCAGCUCCACACUCUCACACUGGAUCUCCUUUAACUCCUGGUUGCUGCUCCUGCCCUUCAUCAUGCUCCUGGUGGUGGCUGCUUUCAUCGUGGCCUUCGUGCUGCUGCUGUACAUGAUAUCGCCGUUAAUAAGCCCCAAACCCCUCAAACUCAACGGGGCCCAUGUGGUGGUGACUGGAGGCAGCAGUGGGAUUGGGAAGUUUAUUGCCAUGGAAUGCUACAAACACGGUGCCUUCAUCACUCUGGUGGCACGAGAUGAGCACAAACUGGUUCAAGCAAAGAAAGAAGUGGAGAAAUGUGCCAUAAACGAUAAGCAGGUGUCUUCAACCAUUUUCAGGCCAAGGACCCCUUUGUGGGUGGUGCUUUGCAUUUCAGUUGAUGUGUCGAAAGACUACAGCCAAGUGGCGAGUGUCAUAAAACAAGCUCAGGAGAAGUUGGGUCCAGUGGACAUGCUGGUGAACUGUGCCGGGAUGUCUAUAUCUGGGAGGUUUGAGGAGGUGGAAGUGGAUCGCUUCAAGAGACUGAUGGAGGUGAACUAUCUGGGCAGCGUUUACCCCACACGGGCUGUCAUCACCACUAUGAAAGAGAGACGGAUGGGCCGCAUCAUGUUUGUGUCAUCACAGGCGGGGCAGAUUGGCCUCUUCGGCUACACGGCCUACUCGCCGUCCAAAUUCGCCCUGCGUGGUCUGGCUGAGGCCUUGCAGAUGGAGAUGAAGCCGUAUAAUAUCUAUGUGACUGUGGCGUAUCCUCCAGACACAGACACACCAGGUUUUGCAGAGGAGAAUAAGACUAAGCCUCUGGAGACCAGGUUAAUUUCAGAGACGUCUGGAGUCUGUCAGCCUGAGCAAGUGGCAAAAAUUGUGGUUAAAGAUGCUGUGCAAGGAAAUUUCACCAGCUCAUUUGGUCCUGAUGGAUACAUGCUGUCAGCGCUCACCUGUGGGAUGUCACCAGUCACCUCCAUCACCGAAGGGCUUCAGCAGAUUGUGACCAUGGGGCUGUUCCGCACUAUUGCACUCUUCUACCUGGGCAGCUUUGACAGUAUCGUCCGCCGCUGCAUGAUACAGAGGGAACAGUCCAAAGCAGCCGACAAGAGGGAUUAGCACCAACGUCCCCACCACUGUCCAUCUCCAUCACCACUACAUUCACCCAUAAACUCUCACUCAGUACACAACCCCGGCCUGGCAGACUUGUUGGGUAAAGGAGGUCCACACUGAAAAAAGAAGUUGGUUGUCUGUUUGUGUGUUUAUUUUCAGUAGAGGUGUUAUAAGGUUUUUGAGUCCAUCCUUGAAAAUAGUUCCUUUAUAUUCCAUAGCUUUUUCCUUUGACUCUUUCAGGACCCCAACCAUUCCAGUUUGAUUAUAAGUUCUGGGCAUGCUGCAUCAGUAUUUCAAGCUCUUUUGUUUAAAAAAAAGAACUGUAUUUGCAUUAGUUACUCUUUGGCUCUUUGGCCUGAAACAGCUGAGCAGUCAUUGUGGUCGUUCGCUUCAAAUGUGCUCCAGUUCUUGCAUGCUUGAAUGCAGAAGGAAAAUAAGUAGCAUCGUCUGGCCUUCUGAGUUCUUCUAAUCUGUUGCUGUAAUAAGAAAAAGUGUCAAGUGUAUUUAUCAUAGACACGAUAUUAAAAAACGGAUAAAUUAAGAAUUGUUAAAAAGUGCCAUUGUCUGAAAAAAAUAUCUGUGUUAAAAUGCAGCACCGAUACAGAUUCUGCUUUUUAACAUAAAAAUAACUUAAUUCAAUAGUAUUUAUAGGUAGACCCAAUAUUAAAGAACCAAUAAAUUAAGUAGAAUUACAUAGACAUGUCAAUGUCCAAAAAGAAUAUCGGUGUAGAGUCUGCUUAUAACAACUAAAUCACUAAACUACAACAAUAAAAACAUAUGCAUUAUCAAUACAGUAAUGGUAUUUAUCGGUAGCGCCUAUAUUAAAGAACCAAUAAAUUACAUAGAAAAGUGCCAAUUUCCAAGACAAAUUUGUGUUAAAAUGCAGUACAGAUCAAGAUGCAGAUUUUUAACACAAUAACUAAAUAAAUUCCAUUUAUCAGUAGACCCAAUAUUAAAGAACUGAUAAAUAAAAAAAGAAAUACAUUAAGAAGUGACAAUGCCUGAAAUUUUGUUGUUGUUGUUAAAUUACAGCACCAAUACAGAUUCUGCUUAUCACAACUUAAUCACUAAACUUCAACCUUAAAAACAUAUGCAUUAUCAAUACAGUAAUGGUAUUUUUCGGUAGCGCCAAUAUUAAAGAACCGAAAAAUUACAUAGAAUUACAUUGGAAAAAUGCCAAUAUUUGAAAUAAUAUUGAUGUUAAAUUGCAGCACCGAUCUAGAUUCAGCUUUUUAACACAAUGAUAACUAAAUAAAUUCCAUUAAUCGGUAGACCCAAUAUUAAAGAACCGAUAAAAAAAAUAAAUGCGUUUAAAAAGUACCAAUGCCUGAAUUUCAAUUUUUUUUUUUUUUAUUACAGCACCGAUACAGAUUCUGCUUAUCACAACUUAAUCACUAAACUUCAACCAGAAACACAUGUAUAUUAUGAAUAUAGUAAUGGUAUUUAUUGGUAGAUAAAUAUUGAAUAUUAAAGAAACGCUAAAUUAAGUAUAGUUGCUUAGAAAAGUUUCAAUGUAAAAAAUUAUUAUUGGUGUUAAAAUGCAGCACCGAUACAAAUUCUGAUUUUAACACAAUAAUUACUAAAUCACUAGACUAUAACAAUAAAAAACAUAUGCAUUCCAAUUAUUAUUAUUAAUGUAAUAAAGAUAAUGCCAUUUAUGGGUAGACCCCAUGUUAUAGAACCAGUAAAUAAAGAAUUAGAAGUAGUGAAACUAGUUAAUGCCAGUGAAAUAACCGUCAAACCAAUUACCGGUCUAUCACUGUUUCAUUACUAUUUCAUUCAACUUCUAUUCCUGUAUGAAUACAAUGUUACCAUCGGUGAAGAGCUCCAGCUUCAUUUCAUAUACCUUGCAAUCUUAACACUUAUUCAAGGAGAACAGCUGUCCUAUGUUCUUCUGGCUGGUCUGUGAUGUUCCUCUAUGUUCUUAGUAAAGCACUAUAUCUUCCUGCUUUUAGACUUCAUUGUUAUAAGGGAAAGACACAGGACUUUUGUGUUAUAGGAUGAAACAGCCUGAGUCUGCCACUCUGCCUUAUCCUUUUUUGCUCUUGUUUGGGGGGGGUGGGUUGUGAAGGAAAUGUUUACCUAUUGUGUAAAUGUGCGUGUGUGUGUGUGUGUGUGUGUGUGUGUGUGUGUGUGUUAUAUAUAUAUAUAUAUAUAUAUAUAUAUAUAUAUAUAUAUAUAUAUAUAUAUAUAUAUAUAUAAAUAUGUCUGCUUGUACGCAUGUGUUUUGAUGUCCUCAGGGGCUUCUAAGGGUUCACUGAACUGAAGGUGGGUCAGGAUAAGCCAUUGAGGUGGCGGCUCGCUGGUUCGAGUCAGUGCACCUUUCUGCCAGCAGUCAGAGCUGUUGAUCCAAAUGGAUCUGUUUUAGCCAGAGCACAACUCACAUUAGUAGAGCUGAUCUAGAGUCAGAAUAAUCAUAUUUACCUACAAAGUGCAAAAGCUGAAGUGACCUCAACAAUCUAUCCCCAGAACUGUAUUAGACUACAUUUUUGGGAAUGGUUCACCCAAAAACGACUCGUAUAGCGUGAAUAAAUGUAACAAGCUUAUACAUUUUAGUCUUCACACAAGCAUUUCAAAUACUGUAGAUGUUGUGAAGCAUGAUCUGAUUUUUAGACCAAAACAAGCAAUAUGGCUUCCACACGUGAAGUGAAUCUCCUCAUGCUCUGCCUUGUAACGUAAAACGGAGAGUCAAAGCAUACAAACUGUGUUUUCUGGUAAAGGCCUCCCAAACGUCCCCUUGUUUUGACUCCACCUGUGCUAUGUCAUAUUAAAAAGACACUUUAGUUAGAGAGAAAAUGACACUUACUCGCAUUGUUGUAAUAUUUGCCUUGCUCACGGUCACAAGCAAUCUGGGAGCAUGUGAUGUUGUCACACCCUACAGUUAUAAGAGCGGGUGUUUAUGAGGACUUCAUCUCUUGAAUGCCUAAUUGCACAGAAAGUGGUCAAGUUAUAGGGACAAUUCACCUAAAAAUGAGAAUUCUGUCAUCAUUUACUCAUCAGCAUAACCUGUAUGGCUUUCUCUAUUCCUUUUGAAUGCAAAAAGUGAAUUUUUGACAUAUCUUGGCUACUCUCGUUGAUAUAAAGAGAAUGGGGACGGAAGCUGUCGAGCUCCAAAAAGCCACAUAAAAGUAACAAAUGUCAUCCAUACAACUUCUGCGCAACACAAGAAAAUCUUCUGAAGCAAUAUGAUAGCUUUGUAUGAGGAAAAAAAAAAGUCACAUCAGUUUGGAAUGACAUGAGUGUGAGUAAAUUAUUUCAGAAUUUUCAUUUUGGGCUGAUCUAGCCCUUUAAAACAGUGUAACUCUAUUUGUGAACCUGUUUGUUGUUUUCUGCUGCUCUGUUUUCCUUAGAAAUAAUCGACCAAUGCAGCCACGUGCUACAGUCAUGGAGGCCCAUUCCAAGCCUUGAUACAAAUGCAGACCACUAUAAAAGCUAUAAGGGUGGAUACGUCCACAUCCAGCUAUGGCAUAGAUUGUGUAUGGUUUACGUAUAUUUGUUGAGACUCAACUGGCUUAUGAAAAAAAUACCUUGUUUUUGUUUUAUUGUUUAUUGUUUGCUAUGCCUUUUUUAUUUUUAUAAAGAGACCCAAAAUAUGAAAGUGAGAAUGCAUGAGUCAAAUGACGAUGUUCUCAUUUGAUAUUGGCUCAAGGCAUGUCGUCCAGCACAUACAGUAGUAGAUAAAUGGGUGCUGAUGUGUCAGACUUACAAUUGAGUUGUGCCCUCUUCCAUUACAUUGCACAUAGUAAAUUAAUUUAUCAGAAGCUAACAGUAGAGAAAUUGUUUUUACUCCUUAAAGCUAUGCAAAUCAAGCCUGUUCUCACCAUUCAUUCAAACACAUAGGAUACUUGCAUUUUGUCUUCUGCUCUAGUUUACUCUUUUAUUGACUAAAGGUGAGGUGUAUUUCUGGGAUAUAUAGUUUAUUAGUAACUUUCAAAAGAAAAAAGAAGACCAUUUAGAAUAAAUUCUGCUUCUGUCGAUGACUUAAAAGUUUCUUUCUCGUUUUGUUGCCAAACUUGCAUAAAUUUCACCUUGUGUGCCAUGGGAGAAAAAGAGGAUGUUGUUGCUGUCUUAUUUUCUUACAUAAUGAAAUAAAGAACU